GAAUAAAUAUCCGUUGUCAACUCGUCAAGAAUCCUAACGAAGGAAUUUCUAUUAUUGUAGCAUGAGUCAAGAAACCGCUCACGAUCAAAGUAACCAAGCGCCAAGCAAUGGGCACGAAAAUGUUCAUAUUGAAGUAUCUAGUUUCACACCUCCUAUUCAAAAUGAACAAGUGAACUCACUACAUGUUCCCCAAAAUGAUCAAAAUAUUGGAGAUCAACCUGACGCUAUGCUACCUACCUUAAUGGUAAACUUCUUACAACAAAUGACUAAUGCCCUUGUGUUUCAACCACCUCCACCACAACCUCGUUUGAUCACUUUCAAAACCUUGAAAGAUAAUGGUGCUGAGGAGUUUCUGGGAGAUCGAAUUUCCGAACCCCAAAUUGCUCUUGAAUGGAUCGAGCAGACUGCUCGUGUACUACAAAAUUUGAACAUACCUCUCAUUGAUCAUCCAAAAUUUGCAUCUCAAUUGCUCCGCAAGGAAGCCUACGAAUGGUGGAAACGUACUGACGAAAAUCCAAACACACCCAAACCUUGGACUUGGGAAUUCUUCGAUUGGGCGUUCAAGAAGGAAUAUAUACCAGCUCGAUUCCGUGAAGAGAAGCGUGCUGAAUUUAUCGAAUUAAAGCAAGGAGAUAUGACACUCCCUGAAUACCGACAAAGAUUUGUCCAUCUCGCUCAAUUUGCACCCACGCUGGUGAGUACAGUGGCGGACCGCAUUGAGGAGUUUCGCAAAAGACUUCGACCUGACCUCAGGCCGCACGUAUCUACAAUUCAAACUAUGGAUUUCAUUGAGGCAUACGAUCUAAUCUCCAAAGCCGAAAAAGAUCUAAGUGAUUACUAUGAAUUUAACGCGUUGGAAGUAUGCGUUCAUGGCGUGCCCUUGGCGUUGAACGGCCUCGUCGAGCCGCUCAAGGUAGUCAUCCAUGCCGUCAACUUUGAAGUGAAGCCGGUUGAGGGAGUCGGCGAUGGAGGAAAGGUUGGCCCGGGCCUGGGCUUCGGCUGGGCCAGCAGCAGAACGGCGCCGUUGCACGACAGUGGCAGGUCCGGCGUUGUCCGACCGCUUCUUGAAGGUUUGGGUGCUGACCGCCCAAAUCUUCGUGGCCUUUGUGAGCGGGCCAACGGUGGUGGUCACCUUGAACCGUUCAAGGAUGUCCAUCACCACGAACGGGUACGGGAGGAGGUGGUCGUGGUCGGUGGACGCGGCAAUCGUCAUGUUGAUCAUGACAAACUUUGCCCAAUUUAUUGGGGCCGAGUGCAUGAUCGCAUGGGUGAGCUUGAGAUCUUCACCGGACAUGAUGGUGUUGCCGUGCUUCCUGGGUUUGAUGAUCUGGGAGACGAUGUAGAGAAGAAGAUGGCCAUCGGGGUUAGCGGAGUGGAUGGUGGGGCGGCCCGAGGCAUGGCGAAUGAGCUCGGUGAUGCCAAGCUCGUUGAGGAUAAGGCCCUCGUUGUUGAGCACCCAGUCCUCUCCACCAUAGUGAGACACAUCGUCGCCUUGGAAGGGGAGGCCGGCGAUGCGCCCAAGCUGCUCCACGGUGAGCUCAAUCGGCGUGCUCUUGACAAGCUAGUAGAGCACGUCGUCCUCACGCCGGAGGUUGGAGUAGAAGGCCCGGAUCAGCGCCGGGUUGAUCUCCUUGCGCGCCCGAGAGACGAACGGCCAAAGGCUGGCUUGAUGAAGCUGUGCGUCAAGGUCGUCGUAGCCCUGCAGCUCCGGGUAGCGCUCCGAGAUGAUCCGUGGGGGAGCCACAACCCGUUUAGAGAAAAGGGUGAGGAAACGGGUGCCUGCCCUGCUCUUGUCUUUGCCCAUAGUGAAGAAAUCUCAAAAAAAUUAGAGUUGAGAGGAUGAAAUAUGUGAAGAUAUUGAAGAAAUAUGUGUUUGUGUGUGUAAAAGUGAGGAGAGGGGGUCCCAAUUCUUAGAAAAG